AUGGAAGCAAGCAAGAUUGUACCAUUUCCGCUCAUCAACCAAAACAGGCCACCUGAGCUCAUCGUCGUUGUCCUACCCGAUUUUGGGAAAGACGGCCUUCCGACCGAGCAGUCGUGCGACUGGGUCCACUCCGUUAUUCCCCAGGACGGCGCGACGGUUCAGAUCCUUCGAUUCCACUACCGCAUUGACUUCAACAGUAAAACGUCGGUAUGGCGCCAGCUCAGUGGGAAGGGGGAGGAUUUGUUAAACAUCCUAUACCGCGAGGCAUCUACAUAUGAAGCUGUGAGCAUCCUCUCGGACCCGUCUUUGCCGCUUCGAAACAGAAAAGCUAUCGAUUUAAUCGCUGGUAUAAUAUUCUUUGGGACGCCGCAUAAGAAAAAGGAUCGCGAGAAAAGCGCUCCUCGCGUAACGUGGCUCUUGAAGCACGCUGCGAAGAUGCCAAAGGGCUUCCUGGCGAAAUCAGAACUUGACUUCCUGGCACUGGUUAGCAUAUGUGAAGAUUUUGAGAAGUCCGAUAUCCAGGCUCCAGUCCUGUCGGUCUACGAGACCAAGCCUACGAAGCUGAAGGAGAGGUUUUGGUCCUCCAAGUCCGAAAUCCUUGUGGAUAGGAGCCUAGCCAUGACCUGGGCCACACAAGAGGAGCUUUUGCCGAACGAGACAAGCCACGAUAGCGUCAGCAUAUUUCAACCACAGUCAGCAAUCCACCAAGAAAUUGGCCUUCUUAUGCGGUCAGCACUGAGCAUGCGCAAGGCAGCAACGACGGGAAGCGGUCGAAAUGUGUCAAGGCCGGUAGAUCACAGAGAUCUGUGGGCGAGCACAAUUUCGCAUUCGUCUGACAGUCGUGAUCCACAGUCCAAACUAAGCCCACCGGAGGCACAUUUCGGCUCUAGUAUACCGUCCAGCUUCGAGCACAUCCCUUCUCAGGAUCCCGCUGAAUACGUCACCGAAGAGACUCUCCCGACGCGACCCUGCUGGGAGUUUGGACCUUUUGGACACGAGGAGGAAUUCGUUGGCCGGGACAAUAUUUUGGAUACCAUCGACGCUUGCUUCUUUCCAGAUGCGUCGGCUGGCGGGAACAAUACGCGUACUCUGAGCUGCUGUACGAUAAGCGGCCUCGGAGGAAUGGGCAAGACCCAGACGGCCAUUGAAUAUGCCUGGUCGCGUCGGAAGCUUUUUGACGCCAUUUUUGUUGUCCAAGCUGAUGGGGCAGCGAAUCUGUCCGAUGGCUUUGCAGACAUUGCCUCUAAGCUUGGUCUUCUGGACCUCACGGAAAAAAGCGCUGGUUCGGGGAAGGAAACUGAUAUGAUCGUGAGCCGCAGCAAGGCAAUGAAGUGGCUUUCCGCACCCAAAUUUGCCAAUUCGACCAGUGAACACGGCUCGAUCAGAACGGGCAAAGAGGUGCCAUGGCUACUCAUAUUUGAUAACGUUGAAGAUGCGUCCUUGUUGCGUGACUACUGGCCAGUAGGUAGUGAAGGCUGUAUCCUUGUGACUACUCGGGAUGAGAGAUUUGGUAGUUACCUCCGGUCGCAGACCGACAUUGCUUUGGAUCGCCUGGAUACCUCAUCUGGGGCAAAACUCCUCUUACGACUGAGCUAUCUGCCAGACAGUAAGAUCAACACACAAGACGCCUCUGCGAUCCUCGAACGGCUAGAUGGACUGCCUAUAGCGAUCCAACAGGUUGCAGCGUACAUCUUUCGCAAGUCCAUGACCCUAAAAGAGUUUCUCAAGUUGUACGAUGAGAGUCUCCUCGAGCGCGAUCCGUCCGAGGCUGCCGACAAAUCGUGGAGUCAUACCAUCGCUACUUCCUGGGCUUUAGAUGACCUCAGCAAUACGGCAACCGCGCUGGUUCGGACGUUUGCUUGUCUGUAUCCGGAUUCCAUCCAAGGAUCAGCCGAGGAACCACCGAAGGUCCAACCUUUUCUCAGGGGUUUCCCAGAAGACCGGUUUCAAUAUAUAGCUGCCCGGAACGAACUCAUUAAAGGUUCGUUAAUUAGGCUCAACAAGGAGACUGAAGUGAUCCGGAUGCACCGUCUGGUGCAAGACAUAGUGCUGGCACGCAUAACAGAUGCGCAACGGCUCGAGACGGUUGGCUUUGUGGUUAAAGUGCUGUUUGCCAGUUGGCCCACAACAAGUCAGAGCUUCGAGCACGAGGCGCGGAAUUGGAAGGUUCAAGAAGCUCUGCUCCCACACAUCUUCCGCUUGGUUGAGAUAUCGGGAAAAUAUGACUUAAACCGGCUUGAUUCUCAGGCUAAACGCAGCUUCGUUAAGUUGCUCCAAAAUGGCGGAUGGUACCUCCAGGAGCGUGGCAAUUUCGUCGAUGGCAGCCCGCUUUACGAACUGGGUAUCAAACUCUGCGAGACGGCCCCGGAAGCGAUGACUGACCUUCGCGCGGACAUCGCUUUCAACCUGGCCAAUGUUGCGAGCGAGACAAACCAGUUCAAAGCUUGUCUCAAGCACGUACGGGAACAUCUCAGGCUCCGGCUUUCCCUUGAUGCUAGCAAUUCGCUACCGAGUGCAGAUACCGGCAUUGCCUAUAGCUCACUCGGGCUAGGGUUGUUGCUGACUGGUGAUUACGAGGGAGCUGUCAAACAGUGUGAUAUAUCACUUGAAAUCUAUGGGAAGCGACCGGAGACUUUGGACGGAAGCUUCUAUCCUACAUUUCCUCAUAUACACCGAGCUCUUGCUCUGGCUGGGGCUGGACGGCCAUCUGAGGCUGAAGAUGGGCUGCUGGGCGUUCUUCGAUGGCGUGAGGAGCAGUUUGGCCCUGAUGAUGUUGAGUCUUUCAAAUUUGGAUAUGUCCAACAAUGUCUCGGCCUGAUCCUUGCACGCUGUGGAAGGCCCGAAGAUAGCAUCGUCGCGUACCGAAAAGCCUAUGACAAUUACCGAAAGACGGUCGGAACGCGGUAUCACCGAUAUGGAGCAGUGUGUGGGAAGCUUGCAGAGUAUUAUUCAUCGUUGGAUCAAUUCGAAGCAGCAGAGUACGUUAUAUAUAUACCCUAA